AUGGCCGAUGAGAACGAUAAGUUCCCUUUACAUACGGCUGCGCGCGAGCGCCGAGUCGCCGUCGCCGAAGGCUUGCUCAAGACAAGCCCCAAACUAUCGCAGAAGAAGGAUGACGACGGCCGUUGUGCGAUCCAUUGGGCGGCAUCGUCAAACAGCUUGGAUAUUGUCGUCAUGCUAGCGAACCAGUCGUCCUUUGAUCCAGACGUACAGGAUGAAAGCGGCUGGACACCGCUCAUGAUUGCCGCCAGCGUCCCCGAGAGCGAAGACGUCAUCAAGGUGCUCCUCAGAGCCGGCGCCGACAUGAACGAAAAGAACAACAGCGGCCAGACUGCCCUGCACUUUGUCGCCUCCAAGAAGAACCUGGACACCGCCAGGCUGCUGCUCGAGCACAAGGCCUCCACGCGCGUCAAGGACCGCCGCGGGCAGUACCCGCUGCACCGCGCGGCCGCCGUCGGCUCCGUCCCCAUGUGCCUCUUGCUGCUGAAGAAGCUCAGCCCCACGAACCCGCAGGAUGUCGAGGGCUACACGCCGCUGCACCACGCCGUCGCCGAGGGGCAUGGAGAUACCGCGGUGGCGCUGCUCAAGCAAGGCGCGGACGUAACAGUCAAGAACGCAGACGGCGAGCUGCCGCUGGAUCUGGCGCCUGACAAGGAAAUACGUACGUAUAUCCUACGAGCGGCCGAGCGAGAGGGAAUCGAGUUGGAGGGCCAGUGA